UGUAAUUCUUUUCACGUUCCUUUUACGGACGACAUCUGAAAGUGACAAGACGUGUGAAACCAUGAAGACGUGUAUUGUAAUUAUUCUCUUUAUUCAUUUUCUUGCGACCAAUGCCAAGUUUACAUGGAAAAAUUGUGCUCCAGAAGAUGCUAUUCUACAUGUAAACAAUGUGGAGGUAGGACCAGACCCCAUUGUCGUGCCGGGAGACAUAACUUUGACUAUGGAUGGAAACAGCACCGCCCCUCUCGGGAGCUCCGCCCUUCAUAUUUCACUUAAGAGGAAAACAUUUCUAGGAGAGAUCCCAAUACCGUGUAUAAGUAAUAUUGGUUCUUGCACAUACAAAGACCUGUGUACACUCGUUGGCCAAAUGAUACGUGAAAACUGGUUGGGAAUAACUACCGGCAUCGCCACGCAGAUUCAAACGAUGCUUGCAAACAGUGGUAUAGAUGCUAGCCAGUGCCCACAACCAGCCCAGUCCCUGAGGAUCGAUCACCAGUCUAUCCAUUUACCGGAAGUACCAGCUGCCCUCUCAUACUUUGCUGCAGGAGACUAUCACGCCCACAUCUUUUUGACGGACAACACCUCAAACAAGGUUCAUUUGUGUAUCGAUGCCUUCUUCACAAUCGCAGAAAAGGAACCGUGCACGGGUAUUCUGUGCAUAUUUGGAUAAAACAUUGAUACUGAAUUUUCUGUAGACGUAAAGUCUGUAUUAGUAAACGAAUAAAAACAUA